CUGCAACGCAACGCCUUGUCUAGUCAACGUCUUCUCAACGGCAUCGACCACACCUCGAGCCAGUCGCCGUCGCCCAAGCCGAAAGGACCGUGCCUCAGCCCAUCACAGAGUCCCGCUUUGCAGAAUCUUGAACUGCUGGUCGCGCUGGUCUCCACGCACGUCUCUUCGCUCGCCUGGCGGUGGCCGACUUUUGGAAGGGCUGCUGGGCUCUUUGCGCAUUCAAGCCACACGAGCCUCUGCCGCCCAUGAGCGGUACUGCGCUUCGGAGCACUGGCUGGGUGGUCUUUGGCGGCGACUAAGGAGCCGCAAACUUCAGGAUUGGACGCACGCGGUGUCACCAAGCCAAGGGAUUGCUCUUCCCCUUCCUAUUCCAGGCCAAAGCCACUGCGCUCGUUGCACAAGUAGCAUCCCUCUGUCGCCUGGGCCAGGCCGCUCGCUCAGGGCCGUGGUAAAGCAUCAAUGGCCGAGCUAAAAGACUUUGACGUCAAGCGCAUCCUGCGCAGUGAUGGCGCAGACUCCGGCCCCGGGUACUGGCCGGCACCCGCUCCGAGCGCCGCGAAGAAGACAGCAAAAGAGGCACCGGCGAGUGCCCCACGGCAAAAGGCGCACAUGGUUCGACUUGAGGAUGACGACCCCCGCUUCAUCGAGUGGAGGAUCAAGCUCGGCAUCUUGCUCAAGCAAGAACUGGCCCUGAACCCGGAUGAAGGGAAUCCAUGGUACCUCCAGUUCCCACGGGGCUAUUGGCUUUACGAGAAGUCGAAGCACUUGUGGGUGUCGGGGUAUCCUAUCAAGGGGAAGCUUUACAAGACGCCGCAGGAGUUUGGGCUGCAUUUGCUCUGGCUUAUGGGCACGUCGGCGGAUUAUCAUGAUUGCUGCUGCAUUCAUUGCAACGUGCCAGCGACGAAACCGGCUGUGGCCGUGGAAACUGCCGUGCCGUUGCCCAUGCCUGCCGCCCCUGCGGCUGCUUCGAAGAACCCCAGCAUCCCCCACAAAGUGACUCCUGUCCCGCUGCCGACCUUCCCGGGACAACUGAAGCCGAAGGAGCCCGCCAACGGAUCCGAGACGCAAAAGCAGACCCAGGUGCCUAUACCGAAUCCCGCCGGCGCACAUCCCGGACAGCCUCCGGCGCCCUCGCGCUCGCAGGCUCAGCUACAGGGGCAGACGCGUUCGCAAGGACAGCCCCAGACGGCUCAACUCCAGCAACCUCAACCUCAACCUCAAUCUCAACCGCAACCUCAAAUGCAGCCACAACCACCACCCCAAUCGCAACCACCAUCACAUUCACAGCCGCAGUCACAAGCCCAGGCGCAAUCUAGACCUCCGAAGUGGAGCUUGCAAUCACCGCUGCUGUUCAGAUCAGGCGAGCUUGUCUGGUAUCAGAAUGGCAAUUCUUGGCGACUAGGUGUCAUCAGCGCACCGGGCGACGACCGCUUCGAGGUCACACCUAUAGGGCACGAGGUGGUCCCACAGCAACCCGUGGAGAAGAAAGCCAAGGAGAUGCGACCCUUUCAUGCAUUCAGUGUUCCCGGUGUAUCAAUGCCGGAGCUGCAGGGCAAGCCAUUCGACGCGACGCCGUGGGUCGAUAUCUUCAAUUACGCCGGCCAGGAUCGAGGGAAGCGCAACAAUUUGCUUCUUGACGCGUCGAAGAUGGCCGCUUCCAAGAUCGACACGUCAUUCUCCUUCUGGAGCCCCCUGUCCCAGGACAUGCAGGGCGAGACGGUCCCGUUUUACGGAUGCUUCCUCGGCGCCGAGCGCAUCGAGCUCGGCGACUGUCUGCGCGUGAACCCGGUUGCGGGAGACUCCUCCAUGUCCUGGAACGACACUUCCGUGCUUGGCGUCCGCCGCAUCAUGCUGCGCACCGUGAGCCCGCAGCGCUCCAUUGUUCUCAUCGGCGCCAUCUACCAAGUCGUCAAGGCCGACGACCCCUACGGGCAGCCUGUCCCCAUCGAGGAUCUCCCGGUCCCCCUGCAGGAAGAGACACGGUGGCGCAACGCCGUGCGGCCGGAGCAGCCCUGCCGCUGGUCGCUCGUCAAGGAAGACGCCGUGCUCGAGGAGCGUAACAUCCGCGGCCGCUUCUACCCGACGCACCACAUCAUGCCCAUCCUCAAUGAGGCCGCGUUCAACGCCGCCGUCGCGGAGCGCAACUUCGACAACCAAUACCCCUACUUGAACAACCGCCUUGACGGAGCCGGGGGCUAUGUAGGGUUUUGCGUCAAUAGACGUGAUGCCCUAGGUGCGUCUGUGGCUGCGAGCACGCGACUGCGCUUGGAACCCUUCGUACGAGAGAUGGAGCGCGGAGGCGGAAACCCCGCGGCAACUCAAUGAAUGCACCUUUGCCAGGGCGGAAGGGGAUGGUUGAUUAGUACUCGUGGGCUGUCAUAGUUGGCAAUAAAAGAUAUCCUUUCGGUACCCUUAUGUGGCUGAAAGGCGUUGCUAGACACAAGUGCGAUGGCCUAUAUUUAUAGGGCAUGUCUCGUAGCUCACGCCCUGUCAACGGGUUGAGCAGGUGAUCGUAGGACACAACCGAGGAACAGAAAAGCGAGG